AUGGACGUCAACCAGGUGCUAGAGGGGACUCUGUCUCCAGAUGACAGCGUGCGCCAGAGCUCAGAGGCACAGCUCACACAAGCCGCGGAGGCCGAUUUUUCCGGAUAUCUGGUCACAUUAGGGAAAGAGCUUGCAAAUGAAGCUACAUCCUCUCAAGUCCGCAUGGCGGCCGCCCUAGCUCUUAAAAAUAGUUUCUCAGCUCGCGACUUUGCUCGGUUACGCCAGGUCCAAGAACGAUGGCUUACGCAAGUAGACGGAGCUGUCAAGCAAGAGAUGAGAAGCUUGUCGCUCAAGACUCUUUCUGGAAAUGACAAUAGAGUCGGCUCGGCCACAGCACAGUUUAUUGCGUCGAUCGCAACCAUAGACAUGCCUAGGGGACAAUGGGACGAGCUCAUGCCGGCUCUUAUGGCCAUGUGCCAAGAGGCCUCGCCAGUGCACUCUAAACAGGCCGCUCUGACUGCAAUCGGAUACAUUUGUGACGUUGAAGACGCUGCACUCAGGGAGAACCUUACCCAACACUCAAAUUCAAUUCUCACAUGUGUAGUCACAGGAGCGCGCAAAGAAGAACCCAGCCAAGAGGUGCGGUAUGCGGCUGUAUCCGCCCUUAGUGACUCUUUGGAAUUCAUCCGCAACAAUUUCGAAGCAGAGGGCGAGCGUAACUUUAUUAUGCAAGUGGUCUGUGAAGCUACACAAGCAUCGGAUGCACGAGUACAAGCAGCCUCGUAUGGCUGUCUUAACCGUAUCAUGGGCAUGUACUAUGAUAAGAUGCGCCUCUAUAUGGAGAAGGCCCUCUUUGGACUUACGAUAAUGGGUAUGAAGAAUGAUGACGAAGACGUCGCAAAGCUUGCAAUAGAGUUUUGGUGUACCGUCUGUGAGGAGGAGAUUGCAAUCGAGGAUGACAACGCUCAAGCACAGUCCGAAGGCUCGACGGAGCUGCGCGCAUACUUCAACUUCGCCCGUGUUGCAACCCACGAGAUUGUCCCCGUUCUCCUUGAGCUCCUCGCGAAACAGGACGAGGACGCAACCGAUGACGAAUACAACACCGCGAGAGCCGCCUACCAAUGUCUGCAGCUCUUCGCAAGUGCUGUUGGCUCACAAGUCGUCCCUCCUGUACUACAAUUCGUCGAGAAGCAUCUCAGAUCCGAAGAUUGGCAUUACCGCGAUGCCGCUGUGUCUGCGUUUGGUGCUAUCAUGGAAGGCCCGGAGGAGUCUAUGCUGAUGCCACUCGUCAAGCAGGCUCUUCCUGUCCUGAUUGCAAUGAUGGACGAUCCUGUACUCCAGGUCAAGGACUCAGCUGCUUAUGCCCUCGGUCGUAUCUGCGAGGUUUGCUCUGAUGCAAUCGACCCAUCCACGCACCUGACGCCGUUGAUCUCAUCUCUGUUUCAAGGUCUCUCGAGUAAUCCUAGAAUGGCCUCCUCAUGCUGCUGGGCUUUGAUGAACCUCGCUGAACGGUUCGCUGGCGAUGCUCCUGCGGAGACCAACGAACUUUCACAGCAUUUCCAGGCUAGCGUGAGCCACAUCCUCCAGGUCACUGAACGAUCUGAUGCCGACAACCACCUUCGUACUGCUGCAUACGAAGUUCUGAACGCAUUCGUGACGAAUGCGGCUAACGAUGUCAUCAACCUCGUUGGAAACUUGUCUGGCGUUAUACUCGAGCGCUUGGAAAAGACUAUUGCUCUUCAACAACAGGUCGUUAGCGUCGAAGACAAGAUUACUCUGGAAGAAAUGCAAACGAGCUUGGCUAGCGUGGUCAUAAGCAUUAUUGGCCGCUUGGAAGCUGAGAUCAAGCCUCUAGCAGAUCGCAUCAUGCAAGUCCUCCUUCAACUUCUACAAGCCGUUGGUGGAAAAACGGCCGUCCCAGAGACAGUUUUCACGGCAAUCGGCUCUUUAGCCAAUGCACUCGAAGAUGACUUCAUCAAGUACAUGGAGGCAUUCACGCCCUACCUCUACAAUGCGCUUGGUAACCUCGAGGAGCCUGGUCUAUGCUCUAUCGCCAUCGGCUUGGUCAGUGACAUCAGUCGUUCUAUGAACGAGAAGGUCCAGCCAUACUGUGAUUCCUUUAUGAACUAUCUUCUGCAAGAUCUACAGAGUGCAAAUCUAGGUAAUCAGUUCAAGCCCGCCAUUCUUCAAUGCUUUGGAGAUAUCGCACAGGCCAUCGGACCUGCAUUUGAGAGCUACUUCACGGUGGUCGCCCAAGUGCUGCAGCAAGCCCAAGGCGUCAAGAUCAAUUCUGAAGCAACAUUCGAUCUCAUCGACUACAUUGAGAGUCUUCGUGAAGGCAUUAUGGACGCUUGGGACGGUGCUAUUGUGGCACUCAAAAUAGGUGGCAAGCAGGAGCUUCUCAUGCCAUUCAUCGAGUCGAUCAUCGAGUUUCUGAAGCAGGUCCACCAAGACCCAAGCAGAGCAGAGCCGUUGAUGCGCUCCGCUAUGGGUGUCAUUGGCGAUCUUGCUGAUGCCUUUCCUAAUGGUGAGAUUAAUGAAGUCUUCCGCCAGGAGUUCCUUACGGAGAUGGCGCGUGAGACACGUGCGAACCACAGCUUUUCGCCACGCACAAAAGACACCGCUCGCUGGGCACGCGAACAGAUCAAACGCCAAGUCGGUAUGCAAACCAAUAUUUCCUUUGAAGAUUAUCAGUAUUAUCUGCACCAGCCGGCAAUGCAUCGACGCAAUAGUUAUGAGUGCAACGACAUGUACAGCUGA